AUGGCAAGUGUCAUGGUAAACAAUAAUAACGAUAAGAGUGCAAAUCAUAUCUUUACAAACCCCUUGUCCCACACAGGGGGUGGUCUCAUAAACGAAAUAAAGGAUACGAUAAAUGAAAUGGAACAAUUAAAGGUUUUGGAGUUAAAACAAAUAUGUAAAUCUUUGGACUUAUCGAUGACGGGCAAGAAAUCUAUACUACAAGACCGAAUAGAACAGUUUUUAAGAAAGUCCUGCGAUAUUGGCCAUAUAGAUCCUUGGAGGCCCAAGGCAAUAAAAAUCCUCAUUGCCAAGGUUAAAGUAAACUCAUCGUUACCCAAAUACUCCACCCUCUGGGAAGCUUUGAAAACAGGUGCCUUCAAGCAUCCUGUAGCAUCGGGGCAAUUACCUGUGACGGCGCUCCAGGAUACCAUAUUACCGCCAUCAUCUCAACAACAGGUGUUACCAUAUUCAUUUACGUCACCCUUUUACAGGCCGAUAGCACAAAUACCGGAUGCUGAUAAGAAGGUGAAGCAAUCUGAAGGAAGAGGCUGUACAAAGAUGAAAUUCAAGGUGGAUAAGUCUAACCAUGACCUUUUGAAAUCUAACAAGAGCUAUAAACUAUACCUGUUUUGUGGAUUUUCAAUACCAUUUAUAUAUGAUGCCGCAGGUCAUCAGGCUAUAGAUUUCCCAUAUCCCUGUGAAUUGGUGUUUAAUGGCACUAAGCUAGAGGAUAACGUGAAAGGCUUAAAGAAACAAAACGGGACAGGCAGCCCUGCAAAUUUGACACCCUACCUUCGAUCUUCGUCAGAAAAAAAUCAAUUAGAUUUACACUAUCUCAACGUCGAUAAAGACUAUUCUUUGGGCUGCUUUAUAGUGGAAACUUUCCCGCCUGAGAUUCUCUUGGAAAAAAUUUUGAAAAGGCCCAAAAUUAUAAGGCAGGCUACCAUUGCAUACAUCAAAAGAACUUUGAAUGAACAAGACGAUGAAGAUAUCAUAACCACUUCCAUGGUUUUGACUUUACAAUGUCCCGUAUCGUGUACGAGAAUGAAAUAUCCGACAAAGACCGAAAAAUGUAAGCACAUCCAGUGUUUCGAUGCUCUCUGGUUCCUUCAUUCCCAAUCUCAAGUUCCCACAUGGCAGUGUCCCAUUUGUCAACAUCCUGUAAAUUUCGAUCAGUUAAAAAUUUCCGAAUUUGUUAACAGCAUUAUCCAUAAUUGCAAAGAGGAUGUAGAACAAGUCGAGAUAUCUGUGGAUGGCUCAUGGAAGCCAGUACAUGACAGUUCAGCGAUCACCGCGGACGACGUCAACCAAAAUUACAAUGGAAAGAGUGAGAACAUGGAAAUCAUUAAACAAGAACAAGAUAGUGAUAAUAAGAAUGCGUUCGAUAUCAACUUGCAUGACGGUCCGAAUCAUAACGAACCUGAAAUAAUAUCUCUGGAUAGCUCAGACGAUGAAGCCUUUGUACCGGCUAAUAGAAAAUACCCAACGCAUGCAAGCCCUCCCAGCGCUCAACUAAGGACAGAUAUAUUCCCAUCAGGUUCAGAAGGCUCUAGUGAGUAUAAUCUCAACCAUACCUCAACCCCGAAAGGUUCUCCCACCAUUGAGCAGAAUCAGUAUCAUGAGAAUUUUCAAAUGAAGUCGUUCUUAAACCAAGGUAUGGUGACAAAUUUAAAUGACACGCCUACAAACAAUAGCACAAUCAACUCUUUUGUUACAGCGACGAACGGUGACAGUAGAAUAUUUUACAAUAGAGGGCCAUCAACACCGCUAUUACCGAAUGUCUUGCUAAACUUGACAAAUCAAACAGAAGUGCAGAGGAAUUUGCAUGAUUCCAAUUAUAACACUGUAGGAUGUGACCGUAAUCUUUUGGGAAUAGCAGGCGAUUUGCCUCCAAUACCUCUGAUGGAGCCAAACUCAGAAGCAGAAACAGAAGUACCGACAAGGACCGCAUCAGCGACACAGGCGCCUCCAUUCAUACCUGUAAGCACUAAUGGGUAUGGUGAUGAUUGCAAAAGUAGAAAGAGGAGACAUUCUAAUGUCUCCAUUUACAUUCCAAAGAAUCCGUAUGCAACUCUUAUGAAACGGAGACCACAAGCGCAUUAUGCCGUAACAAAUAAACCACCGGCUCAAACUAAUGACUCUAACGCAUCAAUGCAAGAUAACUCAGAAGUGGUUGAUUUGACAUCAGAUUGA